GUUGGUGACAGAGUGCGUUCUCCCUUCCAUGUCCCCGCCAGAACUCGAAAAAUAAAACCAGCCGGCAGAGCUGUCCGUUUCAGAACCACCAGUCCCAACGACACCGCCCCCAAAACCCAGAUACGGCGGCGCAGCUCCAUUCUACGGGGAGACGGAGGAGUGAGACUUGCCCGUCUGACGCGGACUGCAGCAGCGGAACCAACGCGUAGCCUUGCAGUGGUGUUGAUCUGUUAGAGGAAGGACGUGCUCUCUUCAUCACGUUAACUCAAUUCACCGAGUGUGUCUGGAGACUGUGAAGGACUUGAAGAUCUAAAAAUAAACAUGCACAGUCAGACAACUCUGCGACUGAGGAAAGAAAAAAGACGUAGCAAGGAAAAACACAUCUGUCUCUAGGAGUCUGCAGCUGUCUCAUGCGAUGGAGUGAAAAGAUGUCCCAGUCUGGAAAAGUCCUUCAUCUGUAUGUGGAGGUGCGAUCUGCCCCAGACCAUGAAGGGAAGUGUGGCUCUGGCGAUAAGGUAGCUGAACAAGAUGGACCUGUGGAGGCUUUAACCAAACUGGCACCGGCAGCUGCAUCAGAUCUCGGCUUUGUCACUAGUCCCACACACAACUGCUCCAUCCCCACUCCUCCACCAACAGCCUCUGUCAGCUUCCAGCUACAGCCUGCACACCAGCCUCUGCCAUCCCCACAAAAUGCACCCACAUGUGGCCUUCCUCCACAGGCGCUGGAUCACCAAGUGUGUGCUGCUCUGAGUCACAGCAUGGCCAGCAAGCAUACGAUGCACUUCCACCCUUCCUCACCUUCAGUGCCCACGUCCAGCCCCGGGACUUCCUGCCAAGGGUGCCGGCAGUCUCGCGGCUGCUCGCUGGCAUCAGAGUUUGGUCACAUGUCUGUAGUCACAUUCAGCUACAUCGAAAAGGCACAUAUCAAGAAAGUGGAGGGCGGUGACCAGCCACCUAAGAGAUUCAGUGAUCUGGCAUUGUCCGGAUCCCCAAGCUUGUGCAGCAAUAACAGUCCAUUUCACCAGCAGGUAGGCUCGCCGGCUUUCAACCCAGCCACUGUGGAGUCAGUGGGACGAGCAGCCACCCAGCGGGCCCUGGAGGACUUUGGCUCACCCCAGCUAAGGUCUAAGUUUGUCCACAGGUCAGACCAGAGUCCUGUGGGGAGGCAAAACCAGCGAUGUCAGUCCUGGGCAGUUUCACAAAGCCAAGACGCAGACAGAUCAGAGGUAACAUCCAGCCUGCCCAGGAGCCCAGCAUCAGACCGCCUGUCCUCCCACAGAGGUCACGCCGAUCUCACCUCACAGCAAAACUCCAGUCCUAGGCUUCAGCAAGGCCUGAACCUACACCAGCUAGACCAGCAAGGCACAUCUAUCUCCAGAAAUAAGAGUGACGGUGAAUUAAAUGGCAGUCCUCUCUCAGGUGAAAAAGGCAGUUUGGUGCUCACCAACAUGCCCACCGAAGGUCUGAACCAACUCAGCGGCAGCAAUACGCCCUCAGCAUUGAACAGUCCAGAAGUAGCACGCAAGCUCGCAGAGGAGGCCACCGAGGCGUUGGUCAUUUUCGAUGAGGUCAGAAAGUCCCCUUCUCACAAUUCAUUUGGAGCCGUAGGUGAGUCUCGACGCUGCCUCUCUCGCCAUCAGAGCCCCACUAUAAACAUGAACAUCCCAGUGGACAGGUUGCAUCCUGAACUCCCGCAAGAAAAUGGUGCUCCUCACUCACAAGCAACAGAGGUCACAGCCAAUCAGAGCUCAGGCCCAUCAGACAAGCUCACCAAUCACUUCCACAGCAUAAUCCCCGUAGGAGGAACGUUCGACACUCCAGCUCUGCCCUCCCGAGUGAUGUGUCCAUGGCUGUCCAAAGGGGAUGUGGGCUCCCCCUUGCGGGACCCUCGCUUACUUCGGGGCAACCUCUCAAGUACGGACAGCCCAACUCUGCACCGGCGGAGACCCCCGCAGUACAUGGGCAAGGGCUGGUCCCCUGAAGAGGCCUGGGAUCUGUACCCAGACACGUGCGGCGAGGCCAGGGGAGAGCCUGCCUCGGACAGUGUGGAGAUCUCCAGGAGGCUCCUCAUUGGACAGUGUAUGGAGGAAGCACCAAUCAGCUGGACCUCUAUGCAAACAUGGCGAGAGCACGGUGCUCCAGAAAUGGAGAUGUUUACCCCAGCACAGAGGGCGGGAGAUGAUCACAAGAGUGAGGGAGUCCGAAUGGAGCAGCUGGGGGAGAUGGAAGACGUUAUCGUAACGGGAGAGGAGGGCCUCCAGGUGGCAUCAAGCAGUCACCUCCAGCCAGGGGAGGAGAAGAGGGAGGCGCGGGCUGGGGAGAGUGGGGAAUCCAGGGCUGGUUUAAGUGAGCAGCAGAGGCAGGCGGAGUGGAGGCGCAGGCAGGCUCUGCUCCUGGGCCCUGUGGUGCUGGAGGGGGAGAACGAGGAGAGGGCAGAGGGUGAACAGAACGGUGUGCCGGGGUCAUCCCCGAGCUCCAGUGGGGUCACGGGAAGUCUGGGGGACAGAGAGUGCUUGUCACCAGAGUCCUGCAAUGGCAACCAGACAGAACACCCCAGCUCAGGUAUACAGUCUGACAGUGGCACUAUGGUGCUGGGGCCGUCUCUGCGUUCUCAGAAGAUUGCUCGGGCGAAAUGGGAGUUCCUCUUUGGCAUCUCGAUGGAGACCUCCAUUACGGCACAAGGGAAGAAUGUGCUAGACCCAUCCACAGUGCCUCCUAAUGGCCCCUCCACUCCAACACCACCCACUUCACUGCCACUGGAAGAGCUUGCACUCCGAGCAAGUCACGACGUACAGCAUGUGGAGGUGCAGCUUGUGACUCCUCCCCCUGUCACUCUGGGCACCUCCCCCAAAACCGGUAUAAUCCGUCGGACUCUAAAGUACUCUGAAACAGAUCUGGACGCCAUUCCACUGCGGUGUUACAGGGAGACGGACAUUGACGAGGUGCUCCUGGCUGACGGGGAUGACUCGGACUCAGCGUUCGGGAGUAACCGCAGUGUGAUGGGAACCUCUGGUACUGGAAGCAGCCCUCUGGGUGGACUAUACGAGAGGACAGAUGAAGAGGAGAAAGACGAGGAGGAAGAGGGAGCAGAGGAGGAACAUGUGGCCAGCUGGGCGAGUGUUAGGAUACAAGGUGACAUGAGGAGACAGCUGGCCAGUCGGGAAGAAGAGGAGGAGUUAUUCAGCAUGCUACUGAAAAGGCCCAGUGACUGUUCCUAUAAGUGUCAUCCUGCCCUGAAAACCCCUGUUUUUGUGAGAGGGCCACACCGUCGCUCAGCUGACAACCUGGACACCUUCAGCCGCCAUUUCGAAAGCAUCAUGGAGUCCCACCGAGCCAAGGGCACCUCCUACAACAGCCUGGAUAGCCUCAACCUUCUGAUCUCCAGCACCCAGACGGCCCUGACCUUUGACCUCCCGACGCUGACCUCGCAGGUGAAGGGUCAGCUGUACCAGAGCGCACGGCAGAUUGUGGAGCUGAGCUUCGCCCCGCUGGCGCAAGGUGAGAUGCCCAGCCUAUCCGAUUCGAUACUGACCAUCACGGGGGACUCGGACGCUACGCGUGCUCCGUCCAGCGAACAGCUCAGCAGUGGCUCUGACGACAGGACGGCCAGCCGCAUCUGGCUCAGCAACCUUGUGUAUGUGCUGCCCAGGGAAAAGGCUUCACAUACGGGCGCUGACAUAGACUUGGAUCAGGACCUGAGUGAGCGCUUUAACCUCGGGAGCAGCGACACACUGACCAAUGGGAAUCGUGCCGAUUUGGAAGCUGCUAAGCGAUUGGCCAAACGGCUUUUCAACCUCGAUGGGUUCAGGAAGUGUGACAUUGCCCGCCACCUAAGCAAGAAUAAUGAAUUCAGCCGUAUGGUAGCAGAGGAGUACCUGGGCUACUUUAAUUUUGCAGAACAGACUUUGGACCAAUCACUAAGAACCUUCCUGCUGGAGUUCGCCUUGAUGGGAGAAACUCAGGAGAGAGAGAGAGUCCUGGCUCACUUCUCACGACGAUAUCUGCAUUGCAAUCCUCUGCUUACGCUGUCUGAAGACAGCAUCCACACCCUGACCUGUGCUCUGAUGCUGCUCAACACCGAUCUGCAUGGCCAGAACGUAGGCAAGCGGAUGUCCUGCACUCAGUUCAUUGGAAAUCUGGAAGGACUAAACAGCGGCCAAGAUUUCCAUAAAGAACUCCUCAAGGCUCUCUACAACUCCAUCAAGAAUGAGAAGCUUCAGUGGACAAUUGACGAAGAGGAGUUGAGGAAGUCAUUCUCUGAGCUAGGAGAACGGCGCGGCGAUGACUCGAGCUCGAGGGGCAUGAAGCACACGGCGAGUGGCAUAGUUCCUGCAUCCGGCGCGCUGCUCUACAAGACGGGCUUCCUGGUGCGCAAGGCCCACGCCGACUGCGAUGGCAAAAGGACCCCUCGGGGGAAGAGAGGUUGGAAGACGUUCUAUGCUGUCCUGAAGGGUCUAAUUCUUUACCUCCAAAAGGGUGAGUAUCGGCCGGAUAAGCAGCUGUCUGAUGAAGACCUGAAGAACGCUGUGUCCAUCCACCACUCUUUGGCCAUCAGGGCCACCGACUACCACAAACGCCCCAACGUGUUCUACCUGCGCACAGCCGACUGGAGGGUUUAUUUGUUCCAAGCUCCGAAUGCAGAACAGAUGCAGUCUUGGAUCACUCGCAUCAAUACAGUUGCUGCCAUGUUUUCUGCACCACCUCUCCCAGCUGCCAUUGGCUCACAGAAGAAAUUUAGCCGGCCGCUACUUCCAGGGUCUGCGUCCAAACUCUCUCAGGAGGAACAAGUACAAGCUCACGAGGCUCGUUUUCAUGCCACCUCCGCUGAGCUGGCUGAGCUCCGCUCGUACCCCCCGGACCGAAAGGUCAAAGGUCGAGAGCUAGAGGAGUACCGGCUAAGAGAGGAGUAUCUAGAGUUUGAGAAAACGCGAUACGAGACGUACAGUAUGUUGCUGAGAGCAAAGCAGCGCUGUGGAGACGAUGACCUCUCUGUGUUUGAGGCCAUGCUGCUGGAGGAGGGCUCUCUCCAGAGGGCCCGGUCCAGCCCCACCCUCCAGGAGAGCAGCCUGAUAUCCAGCGCCAGAGAUGCUCCCAGCACCGCAAGGGACCCUUCUGCCACAGGCAAUGGCGCCGGUUUGAGCUGCGUCCGCGGACAAGGAAAUGGCAAGGGUUCUGACUGAGUCUGACUCUGUGAUUGGCCAGCUGGUGGACGACAUCACAAUGAAGGGGACUGAGCAGUUACUGGAAGGGGAGGGAGGCAGAGGAAGGUGUUUGACAUACUCAGUGGUGUUCAUGCAAGAAAAGAAGGAUGCCAAUGAAGAAGAGAGAGGGGACGCAUCCACUCAUUCAUCAUUUAUAUCUCCUCUGCUCUGUUCUGCCAUCUGUUUUAAGAAUCCACUCAAUCUCAGAGGUUUCCAUUUACCUCAGUACUGGGACCAAAACAGCUCUAUACCUUUAAAUUGACUGUUAGCCCUGCAUCUUCAGAUUAUCACAGUCAUGUAGGGGCCAUAUUCAGACAGUGUACUAUGUAAAACAAUUCAGUGUUGUGAGAACCGUUCUUUUGCAACUCGCAUCUUUUGCACUUUUUUUUUGGUUACAAAACAUAUUGAAGUUGUACACGCUGUAAAGCUCUUAAUGCCAUAGCAACAAGCGCUCUAACAUUCCACAGGAGCAUCCGUAGAUUACAACCUGUCAUGUGAUGAUGGGGAGGUUUGUUUGUGUCCGCAACGUCACACGUGAUCGCAGCAGCACAGAGCGGUUCUUGCUAUGCACACACCUGGUCUGAAUCCCAAAUGGCACCCUAUUUGGUAAUGAGUGCACUUUUCGGGGUGAAAAAGCUCACACCACACACUGCAAUAUACUGUACAUUACGUAGAGUGCCAUUUUCCCUGGAUUCUAUCCAAGCCUCUGUUUAACCCAGAAUUAAUGAGAACAACAAUUGGUUUCAGCAAACACUUGGUAGAAGUCCACAGUUAUGGUGUCAUGAUGAUUUUGUGGCAAUCUGUUACGAAUAAAUCCAGAUGAAAAUGUAACUUUGAAUGGCACCUGGAUCGAGCAUUUUAUAUUAAUAAGGGUAAACUGACAUUUCGAACACAAUCAUUUUGCCCCAAAAUAUGUCUUGCACACAAUCUUAAAUAUUAUUAUUGUCAGAGGUACAUUUGUGUCUUUAGAGUUUGAAUAUUAUUACUGUCCUUGUCCUGUUGAUUCUCUUGGCUGCACAUUCUCGUCCUCUGUGGCCAGCAUGGCUGAAUAGUGAUGGCUUCUUGUGACCUCCUCUCUUCUGCAGAACAGCAGCGAUUCUAGUGGUGACAUGAAAUAUAGCGUGUGUAGUGUGGCUGUGUUUCAGGCCUGUUAUGUUCUCCACCUAGCUUAGGCUGUGUCUAUGAUCUUUAUAUCACUUAGGCAUUUAAUAAGGAUUAACUUUGUCCAUUAUUGUAUUAUUGUUUGCGUGUGUGUGUGUGUGUGUGUGUGUGUGUGUGUGUGUGUGUGUGUGUGUGUGUGUGUGUGUGUGUGUGUGCGCACGCACGCGCUUGCGUGUAAGGCCAUGUGCAUGAUAGGGUGUGUGGGUGUGUGUGUGUGGGUGUGUGCGCACACGUGCUUGCCUGCGUCUGAGUGCAUGUGUGCAUCUGUGUCUGUGUGUGUGUACAUGCAUGUGCACUUGACACAGUAUAUCAAAUGUAUAUGGAAUGUUUUUUAUACGUUAUGAUAAUGGAUUACCAACAUUGAUCUGUUUCAAAAGGGCCUAUUUAUAUGCUUAAAUAAUUUCCAUCAUAAGUUGUUUGGCACGCUUUAUGAAAUAAUAUUAUUAAUAAUAGACAGGUAAAGCUGUAAUGUAUUAUAAUAGAUGUACAUUAGUUACUGAGGCGCUGUCUAUUAGAAUGUUAAUGACUUACCAAACAAUGGUGGGAUUCUAGAAUCACAUUUAGAAAUUCAAAGGUUCUCAUCAUUGUUCCUUAUUUGUUUAAUCUGUUUGGAUAAGCGGUUUCAGCAAGUAAAUGUGGCGUAAAAACA